UAUUAAACACGGCGCCUCCGCGUGUCAUUCGCAUCCCUGAAAACAGCAGACGGGCUACAGGAGAGGAUCAGGAGAUUGAAGCAUCUUAAUUGAACAGAGAAACAUCCUACCAUGUCAGACAAGGUUUUCAAAAAGACCAGUGGAAAUGGCCAGCUCACUCUCUACCUGGGGAAGAGAGACUAUGUUGAUCAUGUUGAAUCUGUGGACGCUGUUGACGGUGUACUGAAAAUUGACCCUGCAGACCUUGGGGAUAGAAAAGUCUGGGUUCAGCUGGCCUGCGCCUUCCGUUACGGUCGUGAUGAUCUGGACGUGAUUGGACUUUCCUUUAGAAAAGACAUCUGGAUUCAGCACAUACAGUUGUAUCCUGAUGCAGGCCACAAGCCCACCUUGACAGAGAUGCACAAUACUCUUCUAAAGAAAGCUGGAGAACAGGGUCACGCCUUUACAUUUAAUAUUCCAACCAACCUUCCCUGCUCUGUUACCCUUCAACCCGGUCCAGAUGACAAAGGAAAGGCUUGCGGUGUUGACUUUGAGGUCAAGGCUUACCUGGCCAAUUCAGCUGAUGACCCUGAUGAGAAAGUUGACAAGAAAGACACUUGCCGCCUUGUCAUUCGUAAGAUCCAGUUUGCUCCUGAUAACACAGGAUCUGGACAGAAGGCUGAACUCUGCAAGAGCUUUAUGAUGUCUGAUAAACCUGUCCUCCUGGAGGCCGCCCUAGAAAAGGAUAUCUACUACCACAGUGAUCCCAUCCCUAUCAUAAUUAAGGUCAAGAAUGAGACCAACAAAGUUGUAAAGAAAAUCAAGAUUACAGUUGACCAAACCACAGACGUCGUUCUCUAUUCAGCCGACAAAUACACCAAGAAUGUGUUGUGUGAAGAGUUUUUGGAAACCAUCGAAGGCAAUGCAAAUUUUGAAAAUAACCUCUCAAUAACUCCUCUGCUGGCAAGCAAUAAGGAGAAACGUGGCCUGGCGCUGGACGGCAGGCUUAAAGAUGAGGACACAAAUUUGGCCUCCACCACCAUUAUAAGGGCAGGAAUGGACAAGGAGAUGCUGGGAAUCCUUGUGUCCUACAAGAUCAAAGUUAACCUCAUGGUGUCAGGUGGCGGUUUGCUGGGAGGUCUGACAGCAAGUGAUGUCACAGUAGAGCUCCCUGUGACCCUGAUGCACCCCAAACCCACAGAGUGAACAUGUGUAAGACUCCGCAGGACUGAUCUUCCUCUUAGCACUUUCACAAAGAGACACCAGAAGGAAAGGCUGCAUGGCUUUGAGAAGCAAAGAAAGUGUAUCGGACAAUUUCACAACUACAGUGGAGGAGAAACACACCUAGCAAACGAUCUAGGUGAUACUGAUGGUAACACCGUAAUACAGUUUUAAAAGUAAUAUGAAGACAUGUGUGUGUGAAUGGUAGCCUUGAGGUACUCAGUCCAGGAAUAACAUGCCUCUCCUAUCCAUAAACCUAUAGGUCAAUAAAUUUGUGAGUGAUGCCUUUCACAAUGGAGGUUGAUCACUGUAUUAUGUAUGGUUGUGUUUACUUGGAAACCAGCACAUUUAAAUUCAUGUGAUGUUUGUUUUGUCAUGUUUAAAAUGUUUGACUCUUGAGUCAUGAACCAAAUAAAAUACCUCUAAAAAAUUA